GUAGUUGAUUAAUCAAAUAUUGACAAUACAAAUUACUUAUAUCUAUAAUAAUACGAAACAGUUUCGCUUGGAAAAAAGGACAGGAUAUAUUAUAGAAAGUCAAUAUAGGUAUAAACUUAAUAAGCGGAAAGUAUGUAACAAAAAAGAUAUAAUGAACAGAUUGUUAAUUAACAAAGACAUGUGAUCUUAUCGCCUGUAACCAACCAUUGAGCGCUUUUGACAUAUUGUAUAUUAUAUAAGUGUGAUUGUCAAAGAAAACGUACUUUUAAUUUCUUAUGGGAUCGGAGAUUGUUGUUAUGGUGACGAGAAACAAAAGGACACAACACAGAUUUGCAUAGACAUUGAUAGUAUGGACAUUAUAUAACCAGCAACAAAAAUGUCAGUAGACACGUUUACGCUGUUUGUGGUUCUUCCAGACGACAGUGUGUGCACGCUCAGAAACCUAAUUUCCGGUGUAAAUAUCGAAGAGAUUAAAGCGAGGCUAGAAUUAAUAGCUGGACUUCCAUCGCAUAUCUUUAUCUUAAUAUAUCCUGAUGGCGAAAAGUUACAAGACCAUCAGAAACUUUUGAUGAGAGAAAAUAUAAAAGAUGGUUAUGUUCUGAGAGUGCAUAUUAUUGAACAUUGGGAAACGUUAUUUAACUCUGUCUUUAGAAACAAUAUAGAAAGUGUAUACCAUAAUGGAGGGGUUCACUUGAAAGGAAAUAUGGUGAUAAAUGCCGAAGAGUCGGGGAAAAUAGAAAACGCCGUUUAUGAUCGAGGAUGUGUAGCUUUAUAUAUGUCCAGUUUUCUUGGCUUACUACGCAUGUGCAAUAUGUUAAUCACCGUUGGUGUAGAUAUCAAUGGAACUACGCAAUUUGGGAGAACAGCACUACAUGCAGCUGCAUCUAAAGACAACCUUAUAACACUCAAGUAUCUCAUAGAUCAUGGUGCAAAAAUAAACAUAACAGAUUUGUUAGGAAAGUCGCCAUUAGAUGUAGCACAAAGCUGUGCGUCACUUAUGUGUGAAAAAAAUCUGAAAAUCAUGCAACUUAAUUUACGUGGCAAUAACAAAAUGGCGAAGAAUCCCAAGGCAAUAUAUAAUACACUUCAACUCUCUGUCAAGAAACAUAUUAAGAUUAAUAAAGAUCAGUUGAUAAGACCAAAAUCAUUAGUGGAAAGCAGAAUUACUAUAAAUGAUGAUUCUCAAAAGACAAGACCACAAACUCAUUAUACUCAGAGGCAAAGUUUAGGCAAAAGCCCUAAAGGUCCCAGAACGGUUGCAUGGGUAUCGAUUCAAGACAGCAAAGUCAACCGAAAUAUUGGAAAAACGCCUAAUUAUCAUAAAUUUCAAAACGUAACGAAGAUGAAAACAUUAGACGAGAAUGCCGUAACAUGUAAACCAUUACCACUAUUGAAGAAGAAGUCAUGUUUGAAAUUUACGCCCGGGGCUGAUGAAAAAGCUAUUUCUAGAUCUACGCAGACAACACCCGUGGCAUCUAAGACGGAUGUUUCUACCACGCCUAUGUUGUUUGCACCUCCCAGCAGCCGUUUGGAUGGGAGCACUGUAGCAGAUGACAUGAACACGUCGUUUUCAAUCGACGACCGUGCAGUGUCUGCUAGAACGAGAUCUAGUAAAUCUGGGAAACUUGUUUCGUUUUCUCACAAGGAAAGACCCGAGUUUCCAGAUUUUACAGAAUCGUCCCGUGUAAUGAAGAGACGCAUCAAUCUAGCUGCCAAUCGAAGUGCACAGCAAACUGACAAGCGUGAAACUUCAACGCCAAAACGCUCAGGAGUGAUUCAUGAUCGAUGGGCAGAUAGAAAAAAAGUCCUCAAUAAGAGUGUUCGACAAGACAUCUCAAGUAGCGACGACGACGACAGUGAUUUCGACGAUGAUGACAGUGGUAAUGGUUCUGAGGCUAAUGCUGAGGCUUAUGAAGCCUGGUUAAAGAGAAAAGAAUUGGAAAGUAAACGAAUGCCAAGAAAGGUAACUCGUCCUAUCCAUGACAUUAUAAAAAUAGGCAGCACUGAGGUGGGUGAUGGCCGAAAUCCUUCCGCGGAACAUAACAUUACAGCCUAUAGAGACUGGUUUGAAAGACGAAAAACCAAUAAGAGAACGCCUAAUUUAGAACGAAUAAAGUCCAUGAAAGAUUUUAUGUCACAAAAGAAAAUGCUGGAAGAAAAGCGCCAGAAACUUUUAAUGACUGCCAUCUCCUAUGACGAAUGGAUGGACCAAGAAUAUGAUCGUCGGGCGCUGAUACGCAAAAUUUUACAGGCAGAUUAUGAACAAUUAAAAGUGAUGGAACAAGAGAACGAUAAGAAUCCAGCUCCUGUACAAAAUGUAAAUACAAAAUGGCAGGAGGAGGUCAUGAAACGUGAAGAAAUGGAAAGAAAAAGAAGAGUAAUACAACAAAGUUAUAGUGAAGAAAAGGAAAAGUGGAGAAAGGAAAUUAUGAAAAAUAGUACUGCCGUCUCACAGAAUGACUGGCUUCGCGGGAAAAAUCCACAAACUCCUCGAUUAUUGAUGAGAUCAAACUCAAAAGGAGCUCCCGGAAGUGACGUUAAACGAGCUGUAGAAGCUGAUAAGGCGUACCAAGACUGGAUGAAACGAAAACAUCCAGAAGACAUUUCGGAUAUUCAGAGACAAGUGGAAACCGAAAGAGACAUGCUUCACUCGUGUAGACAACGCCGCACCGCACAAGUUAUCUCAUGUUAGUGUUGUAAGGUUUCAUACAUUUGACAAAUACAUAUAUGCACUCAAAGACACGCUGUUACUUGCUUCAUAUCCAUAUGACAUCAACAUUUCAUCUAUAUAUUUAUUUCAAUGGUUAAACUGUUGCACAACAAAAAAUAAUUUGAACACUUUCUAUGCCAACCGAUUUAUUUUCCAAACAAAUGAAUUAUUUCUAAGAUUUGAUACUUAGUAUCUUUCAAGCUAUAAACCCAUGGUUUAGAAACAUCCAAUAAUGUAUAAUGAACACGUAUAUAUGAAUAUUGAAUUAUUACAUUCGCAUAACAUUCUGAUAUAUCCAUCCAUUCAUAUUCCACUACCAUUAUCAAAUCUCAAUAUCUUGCUUCCCAGUUCAUUGCGAGAUCAGAACAGUUAUUUCAAAAGUCACUAUGAUGCCUUCAACGGUGGACAAACUUCAGCAGUGGA